AAUAUGACCUGCUGCUCAAAAAAUACAUAGAAUUGAACGUAAAAUUGAGUAAAACAGACUUAGAAUUUACUGAAAUGUACAAAAUAAAAGAUGAAAUUGAAUAUAUGAACAAAGAUUCUCUACGUGGUUUACAGGUACAGAUAGGAAGCAAUAUGAAUGUCAAAGAUGCUCCUAGUGCUAUUAAUAUUAUAGCUCAGUUUAAAGAUAAGCAACAACAGAAAUGUAUUAAAGCAAUAAGAAAUGAAAUGGGUAUUGUUAUUGAAAAAGAAUGUGAUAUACGGCAUACUGUCAAAAACCUGUGUCAAAAGAUGUAUGCAGAUAUUGAAAUUGACAAUGAUCUGUCUCAACUCUUUUUAAAUUCAAUUAAUGAUGGUCAGUGUCUUAAUUCUGAUGACUUGGAAUGUCCUAUUCUGCAAGAAGAAGUUGAGCUGGCUAUUUCACAGUUAAAUCUAAAAAAAGCACCAGGGGUGGUGCUGGUGCUGUUUCUGCUCUACCUGCUGUCUUCCACCCCUGGGCAGGGAAAAGACCCACCGGGACCCAGACCCCUGCCCCUCCUUGGGAACCUGCUUCUCCUGGACCUCAAACAGCUCCACCUGUCUCUCUGUGAGCUGUCCAAGAAAUAUGGAUCUGUGUUCACCAUAUACUUGGGCCCCAAGAAGGUGGUCGUCCUGGCAGGCUACAAAACGGUCAAACAGGCGCUGGUCAACUACGCUGAAGAGUUUGGAGACCGGGAAAUUUCACCCAUAUUUAGAGAGACUCUGCAAGGGCACGGUGUGCUGUUCUCCAACGGAAACUCCUGGAAAGAGAUGAGACGCUUCUCCCUCACCAACCUGCGCGACUUCGGAAUGGGCAAGAGGGUGAGUGAGGAGAAGAUCAUCGAGGAAUCGCGAUACCUCAUCGAGGUGUUUGAGAAUUUUAAGGGCAAGCCAUUCAACACCAGUCAGCCAGUCAAUUACUCCGUCUCCAACAUAAUCUGCGCCAUCAUGUAUGGCUGCCGCUUUGACUACGCUGACCCCACCUUUCAAAAAAUGGUCGACGAGGCAAAUGAAAAUAUUCGACUUCUUGGUUCAGCUGAAAUACGGUUGUACAACAUGUUCCCCUGGCUGCGCUGGUGCUGUGGCUGGUGGCUGGUAAAUCGGACCCAGAUUUUGAAGAACUUCGAAAAGAACAUUGAUGAGAUUACGGGGUUGGUGAAGGGACUGAAGAACACACUCAACUCCCAGGACCUCAGGGGAUUUGUGGACUCCUUCCUGGUUCGGCAGCAGGAGGAGUCAGACCAGCUGGGUUCCUACUUCCAUAACAACAACCUGCACUAUACUGUCAGCAACUUGUUCGGAGCAGGGACAGAUACCACUGGAACCACCCUGAGAUGGGGUCUGCUGCUGAUGGCCAAGUACCCCCACAUACAGGACCAGGUUCAGGAGGAGUUGAGCCGGGUCAUUGGGGACCGGGAACCCCGGGUGGAGGACCGGAGGAACCUGCCCUACACAGACGCUGUGAUCCACGAGAUCCAGAGACUGGCUAACAUUGUACCCAUGAGCCUUCCCCACACCACCAGCUGUGACGUCACCUUCCAGGGAUACGUCAUCAAGAAGGGAACUACAGUGAUCCCACUCCUGACGUCGGUGCUGCAGGAUGAGGAGGAGUGGGAGACCCCCCACAGCUUCAACCCCGGCCACUUCCUGGAUGAGAAGGGCUGCUUCAUCAAGAGAGACGCCUUCAUGCCCUUCUCUGCAGGGCGACGGGCCUGUCUGGGAGAGAGUCUGGCCAGGAUGGAGCUCUUCCUCUUCUUCACCUUCCUCCUGCAGAGGUUCCGCUUCACACCACCGCCAGGGGUGUCCGAGGAUGAGCUGGACCUGACACCGACCGUGGGGUUCACCCUCAGCCCUUCCCCCCACCUGCUGUGCGCUGUGAGCCGGACCUAAACCCCACUCCAGCUGAUGGAUGUGAACUUCAGCUCUUUUGUUCUUCACUAAACCUUUCUUUGAUCGUGACUUACUGUGAAUGUUUAUAUGUUACAUUACAUUACAGGCAUUUGGCAGACGCUCUUAUCCAGAGCGACGUACAACAAAGUGUAUAACCAAAACCAGGAUCAAACAUGUUGAAAACCCUAGACGGAAGUACAGUUCCAAGUGCAGUUUAACUUGGACCCUGUAGGUUAAUCUGAUUAACACAACAAAAAACAGCAACAAAGCAGUCUAUGCAAAUAAAACAAGCAAUAGUUAUUGCACUAGUGCCUACUCAACUAAGUCAACUAAGAUAAACAGCUUACCUAGCUACAACCCUCAGAUUACAUAGUCAAUUAGAGACUACAGGGAGGUAGGGAGGGAUGGGGAGAGGUGUAGCCUGAACAGGUGAGUCUUCAGCUGUCGUUUGAAGGUGGUCAGGGUCUCAGCUGUUCGGACUUCCACGGGAAGGUCAUUCCACCGUCGUGGAGCCAAGACAGACAGGAGACGUGACUGGGAAGCGCAAGUGCGAAGAGGGGGAGGGGCCAGGCGUCCUGAGGUAAUAUGUCUCAAUAUGAGACUAACAGGGCUAUAUGUCUCCCCUCCACAGCUGAGGAGAUGGGGCAUUUCUCUUUAUUCCAGGCUUCCUCAACUACUCACUCAUGAGGCCCAGAGUAUUUUUUUUAAUGGUCCUAAUGGGCCAAUUUGUGACAUGCCUCACAGAAAAUCAUCAUGGGCAUCCAUUCGAUCCAUUUUAGUUUAGUGUCCUUAAUUGACUGAAUUGAAAUGGGCAUGAUGGAUUGAACCCCAAUGAACCUUGACUCCAGUUUUGAGACUGAAAUAUCUGUACAAUUUUUUGAUACAUAUAUUAUCAAACAGUAUACGUGACUUUUUAAAAAGUUUUUGUUUUGACUGACUGAUCCAUCUGACCUAGACAGCAGCUCAAAUAGUCAGUGAGGCUAAUAAACAAUGUUCCCACUCAGAAAGUGAUCCUUCGUUGAAAUGGAUAUAAACUUGAGGUCGUUUGGCAUUUUUAUUUAGAAGUGAACUGGAAUGACAUUUGUAGUAACCCUUCAAAUACAAGAUACUGAUGUUUUCCAUAAAAUUGAAGGUCCCCAUGCAGACUGAAAACACAAAUCAUGCAAAAUGUUAAUAUUUAACACAAUCAGCUGAUUCAGAUUCAAACCAAAGGGUACAAGGAAUCAGCACCUUCAUUCACUGCACACAAACCCUCAUGUUACUCUCAACAAAAUGCAGACAAUGAGAAAUUAUCAUUUCUGCUGAUUGGUAAUAAUUGUUACUGUUUUCUAGUGAUUAAAUUCUUCUAAUUUACUGUUUUAAACGGGUUAAGAUAUUUUAAAUAAUAUGCUCAAUAAUUGACUAUCACCGAUGUAAGAAAUGAACUCUGAAAACUGUAUAAAGAUUUGGAAAUAAACUUUUAAAAAG